GAACUGCUCGAGCUGUGUCCACUAUCGAACCUUAUGUUUACCUUUAUUUCCCAAAUGUAUCUUCAGGUUCAGUUCUCCUCCAGUAAGGCUGCUUCUGAGCGGCUCGGCGCUCCUUUUCGAGCUCGAAUGAAAACCUACCUGGUAUCGCGUUUCGCUCGCUCUCCGGUCAAAGAUGCAUUGUGGGUUGAAAUAAGAUGCUGGUAGAGCGGCGCAAGAGGAAAAUGCCUACAACGAAGGCAGAGCUGCUCUCCAGCCAAUGGAAAGCGGUGUGGCGGACAGCGCUGUAAAGGGCGAGGGAUCCAGCGGGCAGCAGAGUGAGCGCUCGAGUUGGUCUUUAUUGAGCCUCAUCUCAGCAGGAGAAGGAUUUUCCCACCUCGAAGCUCGAGCUGGUGUCCGUUCGCUGACAGCCCGCUGUGUUAUCGACUGAAGCAUAAUGACUGACAGGAAAGCUGUGAUCAAGAAUGCUGACAUGUCCGAGGACAUGCAGCAGGAUGCAGUGGACUGUGCGACACAGGCCAUGGAGAAGUACAACAUAGAGAAGGACAUUGCAGCGUACAUCAAGAAGGAGUUUGAUAAGAAGUACAACCCAACAUGGCACUGCAUUGUGGGAAGGAACUUCGGCAGCUACGUCACCCAUGAGACAAAGCACUUCAUCUACUUCUACUUGGGGCAGGUGGCCAUACUCUUGUUCAAAUCUGGCUGAAGCUCCACAAGAGUAGAUUUUUCUUUUUUUUUUCUGUUUAUUUCUCUCCCAACAUGGACCGAGAUGCACUAGUGGCUGAUGUCGUAUCUACCUACACGCUACCAAUGUUAAAUCAGACCAUACCAUGCCUAUGCUGACUGUGCAUAACUGCAUGGACCGUAUACCAUACUAAUUGUGUAUAUCUUGCAGUUCAGUUGCUUUUUCAUUAUUUGCUCCAUGUUUAUUAGGAGAGGUUUUUGUUUAUGGUCCUGGCAGGUUCGUUCAAGCACAGGAGCUGUAAAGGCAGGUGUGAUCUUUUGAUGGAAUAAAGCAGAGCUAAAAAUAGGAUAUAUGAAAAAUGCGUUAGCACUUCUAUUUUUCUUCCGAGAGAUGUAUUUUCUUUAAGUAACCAUUCUGUAUAGCCUGUAUGGUUCUAAUGAACAUCAUGAGUCAUAUCUGUACCAUGGUGGAGGUGGAGAACAAUGGAAACGAGUCUUGUAUAUGCUAGAGUAGAAGGCGCUAGGUCUUUAUCUAACCUCAGAAGAAUGUCCUGAUCUUUGUUCCAUGUCAUCUGUUAGGAGAGGGAAGUUGUCUGGGAAAUGGGUGACUUAUGCACAAAUGAAGGUUUAUUCUGUGAA